AUGCCCCCUGGAAAACAAGUGAACCAGGCGUCAUUUGCUUCAUUUUCCAAGGAUAUUGCUCGUAUAAGUGAUUUGUUGCGGGAACUUGAUCCUCUAGUCAAGAAUUUUCGGCACGACGAUUUCGGUAAAAUCAGAGAGCUGUCGAGCAUCCACAAUUUAUUUGUCGACUCUGAAUCGCAAAUAGAGCUUGUCAUAAGCGCGUGUUACAGUACUCCAGUGUUUUCUAUUGAUGAGUCCAAAGCUAUCCUUGACUAUGUCGCACAGGCCUCGGUAGCCGUUCAAGUCCUGCUAAACGAUGUUGGUUUGUCCCGAUUGGAGUUCGACCAUGCCAUUCUCAGAGUCUUUUCAAUUUCACCUGUCAUCAAGGGUCAUAUUGAUAAACUGGACAGUCUUUUUUCCUCCCUUUUUGUCAAUCUGAAGAACCUGCUCGAUGCUAGUCUGGUUCCCAGCUUGGAGAACACGGCCUCGAAAAUAAGGUCGGCUUUCGGUAUACAAGCAACUGUUGUUUAUUCUCAAGUUUGCUCUUUCCAUUCACCAUACAAAGUUUCUCUCAUUCCCUCUUAG